GCAACGGCGAAACACAUAUUUUUUACCGGUCAGUCUCUCGGCUACAUUGCAACACAGAAAGAUAUGGGUUUUGGAAGAAACGAGGCCUCCGGGGAUUCGGGUGGGUCAACUUCGAUGGGACUUCAACGGCUUCCGUCGGCCGCUCAGCCGGAGAUCAUGAGGGCAGCGGAAAAAGACGACCAACACGCUACCUUCGUUUACGAUGCCUACCACGACGCGUUUUGGCAUAAGUGCAAGAGUUGCAGUGGCUUAUCAGAAUGAGAUAAGACUUCUUGGACUGAACGCAUGCUUUAUUAUGUUUUGACAAACUGGUUCCGGGCAACAAACACUGGGAGAAGGGUACUGUGACAUCACCCAGUAGAAACUCGUGGCCUUUCACCCACCCCAGCUAGACAUGCUCUAUUUAUUGUCUAUCACACAGGAUUUCCUUUUAUUACAGAAAGAAUUAGUUCUAGAAUUGCAUCCCGUGGUGUAACACUGGCUGAAUCACAGUAUAGUCAGAUUCAGUCAUCCACAAGAAUGGAAAUUCCAUCAUCCUCUGCAUCAAGGACAUCAAUGUCUGUAGCCUCGGGGUUGAAAGAGAAACUGAAUGGACUAUGGUUGUGUGUAGUUUGGAGAUGGCCAAUGGGGUGUGCCUAUUUUCCAGAUAUCAUACCUGUUGGAAGCGAAGGACCAUCAUGUUCCUAAUUUUUCUUACAUGAUUACUUUGGAUGAAGUCAUGUUUUCAUUUGUUAUUUUCUGGGGUCCUUUCUUGAAAUUUGAAAUUAAUCUCUUUCAAUCAUUUAGUCCACCACAUCAAAUUCUCUUUGGUGGUGGUUUCCAAGGAUAGACUCUGAUGGAGUCUUAAUCAUGCUUUGAACUGCAAAAUUUAUCAAAUAACAUCGUUUAUUUCCCUCUCCAGGCCUCUAUUACCAUAUAUUAAAAUGUGCAGCUGGCAUACGUUUUGUGUUCAUUAGGAAACCAACGAAUCAGAGGGCCAGGUAGACUGCCUCUUUUGUGUCUAUUUAUACUUGUUUGUACACUUAAGAUUUCUCUCUUUUGCACAUUUGGAAAUUGGAACAUAGGUGUAAGCAACUAAGCACCAAUGGUUUGAUACAUAAAUAUUCCAUGCAGAU